ACAAGAAUUAAAAAAAAAUUACGAAGCACAAAAAUUAAAGCAUAUGUAAAAUAAGCAUUUACGUACGUACACAAUAAUUAACCACGCAACCCCCUUGUACUUUUGUUUUAUGUACUCAUUUUACCUCACAUUCACUUUUCCAUUUUGAUAUUUAGUAUUUAUUACGUUUUAAAAACGAUUUAUUUUUUUUUUUUUGUUUUAUAACCAUUCAUUCAUAUAAAAAUGAGAGAAGUAAUAAGUAUUCAUGUAGGACAAGCUGGUAUUCAAGUUGGAAAUGCUUGCUGGGAACUGUUUUGCCUAGAACAUGGAAUACAACCGGAUGGUCAAAUGCCCUCGGACAAAGCUGCCAGAGCAAACGAUGAUGCUUUUAAUACCUUUUUUUCAGAAACGGGUGCAGGAAAACACGUCCCACGUUGCGUCUUCGUCGACCUAGAGCCUACCGUUGUAGAUGAAGUGAGAACAGGAACAUAUCGUCAGCUGUUUCACCCUGAACAAUUAAUAUCAGGAAAGGAAGAUGCAGCAAACAAUUUCGCAAGGGGUCACUACACCAUAGGAAAGGAAGUCAUAGAUGUGUGCCUAGACAGAAUUAGAAAGCUAGCCGAUAACUGUACAGGUCUACAAGGCUUCCUAAUGUUUAGUGCUGUUGGUGGUGGUACCGGAAGUGGUUUUGGCUGUUUAAUGUUAGAAAGAUUAUCAGUUGAUUAUGGAAAGAAAUCGAAGCUGAACUUUUGCUGCUGGCCAUCACCUCAAGUAUCAACAGCUGUGGUGGAACCAUACAACUCGGUUUUGUCCACCCACUCUCUUCUAGAACACACAGACGUAGCGAUUAUGUUAGACAAUGAAGCUAUCUACGACAUAUGUAAAAAAAAUUUGGACAUCGAAAGGCCCACUUACACAAACUUAAACAGACUAAUAGCGCAGGUCAUUUCUUCGUUGACGGCUUCUCUCCGAUUUGAUGGUGCCUUAAAUGUGGACGUUACUGAGUUUCAAACGAACUUAGUGCCUUACCCACGUAUCCAUUUCAUGUUGUCCUCAUACGCUCCAGUCGUCAGUGCUGAAAAGGCCUACCACGAACAAUUAUCAGUUUCAGAAAUUACCAAUUCGGCGUUUGAACCAGCAAAUAUGAUGGCCAAAUGUGAUCCUCGUCAUGGUAAGUACAUGGCUUGUUGUUUAAUGUACAGAGGAGACGUUGUCCCAAAGGAUGUCAACGCAGCUGUUGCUACGAUUAAGACGAAAAGAACAAUUCAGUUUGUUGACUGGUGCCCAACUGGAUUCAAAUGUGGUAUUAAUUACCAACCACCCACUGUUGUCCCUGGGGGAGAUUUGGCCAAAGUGAUGAGAGCCGUCUGCAUGAUAAGCAACUCCACCGCAAUUGCUGAAGUGUUUUCUAGAAUGGACCAGAAAUUUGACCUCAUGUAUGCUAAGAGGGCGUUUGUCCACUGGUACGUUGGAGAAGGCAUGGAAGAGGGGGAGUUCAGUGAGGCCAGGGAGGAUUUGGCCGCUUUGGAAAAGGACUACGAAGAGGUCGGCAUCGAGACCAACGAGGGUGAAGGGGAAGACGAAGGAUACGAAGCGGAUUAUUAGGGAGCGUGGCGUGAGCGGGGGCCACAAACGAGUUAGUUGAGCCCAGCACGCGCAAUGAGCAUAUGUAUAUAUAUGUAUGUACAUAUGUACAUAUAAUGUAUGUACGCACGUUGUGCUGCCCACUUGAGGGUGUAAAAGUGUAAGCAAAAAACAAAAGAGGCAGUUACCACCCACCCACCCCAUCUACCAUGUGAAGCCAGUGCAAACAACAAUAUGUAUCAUAAUUAUUUCAUUUUUAUAUGUUUCCUUUUUUUUUUUUUUUUUUUUUUGUAAUAAAAAAAAAUUUUCAAUUAAAAAAAAAAUUAGAUGUAAGCGCGAAAAAAUUUUUAAUACAUAAAAAUGUAUGCACACAUAUUUACGACGUUUUUACAUAUGGAAGAACUAAUUCAUACGUACAUUCUCACGUACGCAUACAUGUGUAUGUGCCCACUUCAUUUCCACUUCGUGAACGUGCAUGUGCACGUGCAUACUUCCAUGUAUAAGCAAACGCAUGCUCAUACAUAGUACGUAUGCGUACGUAUGUGUAAAUAUAUGGAUAUAUAUAUGUACACAUGCCCACCUGCCAAUCUACCCAUCUGCCCACUAACUCUUUAGCACUUGUUGUAAAAAGCGUGCCUUUUGAGCCAAUACAC